GGAGAGAAGAACAGGUGCACUCAGACGCAGACUCCAUGGAGGAAGAGGCAGACUUUAAUUGGGAGGAGUACCUAGAGGAGACGGGGGCGACCGCUGCACCCCACACCGCUUUUAAACAUGUGGACAUCAGCCUACAGAGUAGCUUCCAGCCGGGGAUGAAGCUGGAAGUGGCCAAUAAGAGCAGCCCAGACACCUACUGGGUGGCCACCAUCGUCACCACCUGCGGCCAGCUGCUGCUGCUGCGCUUCAGUGGCUACGGAGAUGACCGCAAGGCCGACUUCUGGUGUGAUGUCAUGACCGCCGAACUCCACCCAGUAGGCUGGUGCUCCCAGAACAACAAGACCCUCCAACCCCCUGAAGCCAUCAAAGAGAAGUACAGUGACUGGACAGAUUUUCUCAUCCAGGACUUGACUGGCUCACGGACCGCACCAGCAAACCUACUGGAAGGGUCUCUGAGGGGGAAGAACACAGUGGAUCUGAUUCUGGAGGGUUCGGUGAUGGAGGUACGGGACCUCACUGACCCUUCCCUCUACUGGGCCUCCCGCGUCGCCCAGAACAUCGGCGGGAGGCUCCGCCUGCGCCAUGUGGGUCUCCAAGACGACGCCCACGACACCUGGCUGUUCUACCUCGACGUGAGGCUCCGCCCACUGGGCUGGGCUCAGGAGAACCGCCUGUCACUGAAGCCCCCAGAAGAGUUGCGUGGCCUGAAGAGCGCCCUCGAGUGGCAGGAGGCCCUUGAGGCAGCGCGGAGCGAGGCCCAGCAGAACCCACUGCCCCUGGAGGUGUUUAAGGACCAUGCAGACCUGAUCAAACACUCCUUCAGGACGGGGAUGAAGCUGGAGAUGGUGUCGCCAUUGGAGCCGUUCUACAUCUGCCCUGUAUCUGUCACACAGGUCUACAAUGAGCACUACUUCCAGGUCACAGUGGAUGACCUCACUCCAGAGGCCACACCCCUGUCCCUGGUGUGCCAUGCUGAGUCGCCGGGCAUCCUCCCCGUCCAGUGGUGUCUAAAGAACGGGAUUGGUCUAGAGCGGCCCAGGGGCUACCUGAGCCAGGACUUUGAUUGGGCGGACUACCUGAAACAGAGUGGGACUGAGACCGCCCUGACGCAUGCUUCCCUGACCCGAGGCUUCGCUAAAGACAUGUGGCUGGAGGCCAUUAACCCUGUCAGGCCCACCGAGGUGUGUGUGGCUCAGAUCACACAGGUCAGGGGUCGCCUGCUGUGGCUCAGACUGGAAGGUCUGCCUAAGUCCGUCCCGGAGUGUAUUGUGGAUGUGGAGUCCAUGGACAUCUUUCCUGUAGGAUGGUGUGAGACCAAUGCCUACCUCUUGACUCCACCACUGAAGCCUGUCUGCCAGCAGCAGAAGAAGAUUGCCGUCGUACAACCAGAGAAGCAGUUGGCUCCGCCCCAACCCGUGGAGACAAUCCCUCUCAACCUCUGCGAGCCCGUUGCCAUGGAUACGGGCUCAGCCAAUGGGAGAUACUGCUGCUCCAGGAUCUAUGUGAACCACCGCUGUUUCUCUGGCCCUUACCUGAACAAGGGCCGCAUCGCUGAGCUGCCACAGGCUGUAGGGCCGGGGAAAUGCACUCUGGUCCUCAAAGAGGUGCUGAGCAUGCUGAUCAAUGCAGCCUACAAGCCUGGGCGUGUCCUGAGGGAGCUACAGGAUGUAGAGGACCAGCACUGGGACUGCCACGAGGAGACCCUCAAAGCCAAAUACAAAGGGAAGACGUAUCGAUCGUCCAUCCGGAUCGUGCGUCUGGCAGAGCAGAUCCCAGACUUCUGUCGUAAAGUGUGUGUGAAGCUGCAGUGCUGUCCCAACCUCUUCAGCCCCGUCCAAGUCACAGACAAGUGCCCUGAGAACUGCGCCAUGCAGACCAAGACCAAAUACACAUAUUACUACGGUAAGAAGAGGAAGCUGUCUAAGCCGUUUGGAGGAGAGGAGAGUCUGGAGGCCAAACCCACACCUCGGAAGAAGAGGAAGGCCAUCUUUGUCCAGAAGAAACGACGCUCGUCUGCAGUGGACUACACUCCUGCAGGGUCACCACAGGACAGUGAUGAAGAAGAUGAUGAAGAGGAUCUUAUGUUGCAGUCGGGCAGUGAAGAAGGCACCAGCUCUGAGCCGCGAGAGGACCACACAGACACUUCCUCUGUCGAGGUGGCUAACAGCCGGCCGCGGCGUGCCGUGACGCUACGCAGGGCCACCCAUACCGGCAUAGCUUCGGGCAGCCAUGAGGGUCCUGAAAGCAGGAGGCGGAGCACUCGGUCUCUGUCAUAUAACCAGGGAAACAAGUACCACCCACCCAAGAGACAGGAGAUGCAGGUGGACUGUAGUGAGGAGGAGUGCCAGCUGGUGUUGGAGAGGAACCCUCUGGAGUGGUCCGUAGACGACGUGGUCACCUUCAUCACCUCCACUGACUGUGCUGCUCUCGCCAAGAUCUUCCAGGAGCAGGACAUAGAUGGCCAGGCGUUGUUGUUGCUGACUUUGCCCACAGUCCAGGAGUGUAUGGAGCUGAAGCUGGGUCCAGCCAUCAAGCUGUGUCACCAGAUAGAGCGCGUCAAGGUGGCCUUCUAUGCCCAGUACGCCAACUGAUCCUGGGCGUCUGACCUGGCACCUUUACCCUGUAGGGAACAGACUGUCUGGAGAUGCCUCACCCAGUACACCUUCAUCUGAGGAAGAGGAGGAGAGAUGAUUUGGCUUAAUGCCAAGUCUGGGAUUACCUGGUCUGGAAGGCUUGGAGGAAAGUGGGAAAACUGGUAAUGCUGUCGCUUAGGAAUUCUGAAAUUCUGGACAUGGAUUACCCGGCCACUUUUCAGUGGAUUACUGAUGUCACAUAGAGAAGGAAGUGACGUCAGAGAAAGCAGAGGAGGAGCUACCCACAUACGGAGCUCAGGACAUCAUCCUCAUUUGCGACAGCAGGCAGAGAUGGGUUGGAAGGUUCAGAUUUCCACAGUACUGUGUGGAAGGAUCAGUCAACUGUGGAUAGUUGAGUACGGUACAUAUGAGUAAAUCCAUAUGGAAUACAGAUCUGUGAAGAAACUGAUCGAAAUUGAGGAUUAUGUUCUUGGAACAUUUUGAAAUUGAGGAUUAUUUUCUUGGAAUAUCUAUUUUUUUUUUUUUACAUGCUGUUUGAGACUGAUGGCCCUGACAGUGUUUAAGUUAUGAACAAAUGUUAUUAAAUAUUUGUUAAAUGUUUUCUCUCUUUGUUAUAUUUAAGUAAAUUAGGUUAAUAUAUUUGAUUAACAAAAAUUGGUUAGUAACUUACAAUAAUAUAUUUGCAAUAUUUAUUGUAUUCCUUAUUGAAUAGGAAUAAUAUAUCUUAUUUGGUUGUAAGAAAACUAUAUUCAGAGAGAGAGUUGAUAGGCUAUUGAAAGUAUUUGGUUUCAAAUAUGUAUUUAAGGAUGUUCAUGAGUUAUUCCAGUCAAUAUUAAUUUAGUCCUGUUAUUAAAUUAUCUGUUUUUUCUUGUGUACAUAGGGAAAUAGUAGGUCUGCUGCAUUUUCUCAUUAACAGAUUGUAGAAAAUCCUGGUAACGCUUUAAUUGGAUAGUCCAUCUGUAGAUGCGCUACAGACUAUCUACAGACUAUCAGUAACAUUUUAACUAACUAUCUACUAGC